AUGCGUCAAAGCUACAGCAUGGUGCUUAUUAGCACCCUCCUGUCUGCCGCCGCCCCGGUGUCUGCCAGCAACCUUCCCAGAGGAGUUGGUCCUGAAUUCGUCAAGUUCUUCGAGUCCAAGGAGUCCUUCACCUGCAUCAGCCACCCCGAGAUCAAGCUCAGCGCCAAGCAGAUCAACGACAACACCUGCGACUGCCCAGAUGGCUCCGACGAACCUGGCACCGCUGCCUGCUCCCACCUCGACCCCCUCUCCCCUAUCCAGCCAUUCGUCGGUUCCAAGACGGGCACGACUAACACCACCACUGCCCUCCCCGGCUUCUGGUGCGCCAAUGAAGGCCACAUCGGUGCCUAUGUUCCGUUCAUGUAUGUCAAUGACGGUCACUGCGACUACGACAUCUGCUGCGACGGCACCGAGGAGUACAGCAACGUCGGAGGCGUAAAGUGCCCGAACAAGUGCGGCGAGAUUGGCAAGGAAUUCCGUCGUGUCGAGGCCGCACGCAAGGCCGCCAUUGAGAAGGCUGCUAAGAGACGCAAGACGAUGGCCAAGGAGUCUAGAGAGCUUCGCCGCCGUGUCGAGACCAAGGUCAACACUCUCAAAGCCGAGGUCAAGGGCCUCGAGGCUAAGAAGGAGGAGCUCGAACAGAAGCUCCACGAGACUGAGCGCUCCGAGCGGGGCAAGGUCGUCAAGGGCGAGGGCUCUGGUGGAAAGCUCGGCAACUUGGUGAACCUGGCUAAGAGCCGUGUUGCUGAGCUUCGCGAGACCCUCGAGGAUGUCGUUGCUCAGCGCGACGAGCUCCGCACCAAGGUCUCCGAGCUCGAGGGCAUUCUCAGCAGAUUCAAGGAGGAGUACAACCCCAAUUUCAAUGACGAGGGAGUUAAGCGCGCCGUCAAAGCUUUUGAAGAUUACGCCGCCGAUGCUGGUAGUGAACCCAAGUCGGAAGACCUCGAGGCCGACAUCAAGGAGGUUCUCACUGAGGACAAUGAGAGCUCUGGCAUCAACUGGAAGGAGUUCGAGGAGGAAGAGACCACCGACACUGACAUGAUCUAUAACUUCGAGGCCUACCUGCCCGAGCCCGUCCGCCAAUUCAUCCAUGACAAGAUCCUCACCGUCCGUGUUUGGCUCAUCGAGAAUGGCAUGAUGGCUGAUAACGCCAAGCCCGGUGUCGAGUCUCACUUGGUCACGGCUGCCCGCGACGCCUUUAACGCCGCCAACAACGACCUCAACGAGAAGCGUCGCCAGCUUGAGAGCGAGGAGAAGGACCUCGAGAAGGACUACGGCAUCGACGACAUCUUCCGUGUUCUCAGCCACAAGUGCGUCAGCACCGAGGCUGGCGAGUACGAAUACGAGCUUUGCUGGAUGGAUAAGACCAAUCAGAAGUCCAAGAAGGGUCACGGAAACACCAACAUGGGCAACUUUGUCCGUAUCGACAGGGAGAUGGCCGACGACGAGGAGCGCACCGACGGAAAGAGUCUGGGCAAGGGUCUUCGCAUGGUGAUGCGUUACGAGAACGGCCAGGGCUGCUGGAACGGUCCGCAGAGACGCACCGAUGUCUGGCUGGCUUGCAGCGAGACUGAGGAGCUGUGGAAGGUUUCCGAGUCGGAGAAGUGCGUCUACAAGAUGGAGGUCGGCACUCCUGCCGCCUGUGACGAGCUGCUCGAGCCGCCCGAGCCUAAGUCCAAGGAUGAGUUGUAG